ACGUUGGCACUGGGAUCGCGAUGAUGAGUCUGCGAAAAACUCCUCGAAGUACUAAUGAUAAGACUAAGAUUGAGAUCCUUCGUAAAAAACUCUUCCAAUGGACGUGCGAACAACACGCUACCAAUCAGCCGUUGAACAGGGAAAUAGUUGGACGGAAAGCCGUCGAUCUCUCACUCGAAUUAGGCCUCGGAGACGUUAAAUUUUCGAAAAGAUGGGUGACGAUCUUCCUAAAGAAGUACGGUUUUUUACCGUCAAUCGCUUCCACUCUGCAUGAUCCGGUCUUCAAGGACUAUCGAGAGUGGAUCGACCUGAUGAGACCCCACAUGUCUCAGUAUCGGUACAAGGACGUCUUUCAGGUUGACGAGAUCGGAAUGUACCAUAAUAUUUCCCCAGAGAAGAUACCAGGAGAGGCGAUCGGUUGCGUUACUUGCAGAAACGGAGAAGACAGGGAACAUCGCGUUACCGUAUUGCUUUGCUGCAGCGCAUCGGGGGUCGAGAAACUGCCGCCAUUGAUAUGCGGAAAAUUCGAUACUCAGGUGCAGGCUUACGACAGAUGCAAAUACUCUUUCAAUCCGGACGCGUGGAUCACUCGAGACGUAUUCAGAGUCUGGAUAACAGACUUAAACGCCCAAAUGGCGCGAUCGAACAGGAAGAUUGUAAUGCUGCUGAGCAGGAGUCGCGUCCAUGCUCUAAAGGACACUGUCCUGUCGAAUGUGAGCCUGAUUUUCUUCCCAAAAGAGUUUCCCCCAAACUUGCAGCCGCUAAGGGCGAAUAUAUUUCACUGCUUCAAAACGAUCUACCGCCAGAGUUACACCGCGAGGAAGGUGACGAUGGGGUCCAAUUUUAAUUGGACCUUCGCGGACACUAUCGACAACAUCGUAAAUGCGUGGGAGAGCGUCUCGAAGGAAUUUAUCUUGUCCAGUUUUCGACGCGCGAAUAUCAGACGCGAUAACGACACGCCAGAGAUCAUCUCCUGUCCCGAAUGGGACCGCCUAUAUCCAGGCAUUUCAUUUCGCAACUAUGUUACCUUCGACGAUAAUCUCAGCGUAAGCUUCUCGUCCAUCAGCCGGCGGUCCCAUCGUUUAGCAGAAGUAUCAACUGCCUGCAAACAUGGCUUGCAAACGUCAUUCGCAUCAGGGCACGAUAUCAGUGAGUCUUUUCAUCAACCCAAUGAAGUCGCAAGUGAUUCCGAGUCUUUGGGCGAAGAUGUGGUCGACGAGAUAUCGAUGCACAGACCGGACGGAAAUUCACUUCUGCAGGUAUCAUCCGUCGAACACGUAACUGAUGGAUUGGACGCGGAAAAGACAAGAACGACGUUUACCUUUUGGGGUGAAAACAGUCCCCGGAUCUCGGAUACGAACGAGGAUACGCUUCUUCCAUGCGUUGUUGAUGUUGUUCGGAACAUGGUCCGUAAGGCUGAGGACAUUGCCGAGGAUCGAGGGAUCGACGAGGACGAUACGGAUCUUCAAGUGCAGGACGAAGACAGCGAGCGGAGGGUGACGGCAACGAGAAAAACAGUUCGGGGGGAAAUUGACGGAGAGGAGGAAACUAACGACGACUCACGGGAGCCAACGGAGAAGCGAUGGAUGGGCGAAGAGGCAUGGUUCAAAAUAUACGAGCAUAGCUUCGUCUUCGGGGCUCCGGAUGGUUCUCGGGGGACUGCUUCGGACCAUCGUGCGGAUGUGAAAACGGCCGCGAUGCCACAGACGGGGAUUAAUUCGUUAUAGAAAACCGAGGACCUGGAGAAGAGGAGCAUCUUUACUAUGAAUCACACGCCCUCGAUUAGACCGCAGAAUUAGUAACCGUAGACCGACUUUUUCGCUGCUGUCUAAAUCAAUGAGAUCUAUGCCUGCAGUGCUCACGUCAUUUUCAGAAUUGAUUAGGCUGAAUGCGACAGGGAAAUGACUCAAUGAGUUGAUCAAGUGCUGUAGUAUUCAACAAAGUGUGCCUUCUUCGCCGGGGGACGAACAAAAAUUACCUGUUUUUACUUCUUUGUGAUAUGAUGUAAUCAACUAUAGAGAAUUCAUAAAAGGGCGAGAUGUGUGAGAAAUUUGUUUGUGCAAUCGAAUUACAGCGGCUCGCU